GCUCAAAAAGAUAGGUAACACAAUUUCAGCUCCAUUAACAACAGAAAAGCAACUUCUCUUAAGAUCCUAAGCAAAGUUAGCUGGUCAUUUCUUAGGAAGAGAACUCUGAACUUCUCAAGAAAUAUAUGGGUGACUCUAAAUUAUAGAACUGAUGCAGUUUGAUACCACUUUAACUAUCGUUUUUGUUUUCCAGACAUGGAUAGCUGUAAGAGUUGUCCAGAUUAUCAAUAUGCAAACUUGUACCGUAAUCAGUGUAUUCCCAAGAUUAUAAACUACCUUUCCUAUGAAGAACCACUGGGAAUCGGUAUUACUCUGUCUGCUAUCAUUUUGGCUCUGAUUUCAGCUUUGGUGUUGGGAACAUUUAUGAAGCAUUGGGACACUCCCAUAGUCAAAGCCAACAACAGGACUCUCAGCAUUACUCUCCUUAUCUCCCUCUUCCUUUGCUUCCUCUGCUCCUUGCUAUUCAUUGGACAGCCAACAAAGAUGACUUGUCUUCUCCGCCAAACAACAUUUGGAAUCAUCUUUACAGUCUCCGUUUCUUCUAUUUUAGCAAAAACAAUCACCGUGAUUCUAGUGUUCAUGGCUACAAAACCGGGGUCCAAUGUGAGGAAAUGGGUGGGGACAAUGCUUGCAAAUGCUAUUGUCCUUUCCUGCACUUUUAUACAAGCAGGUAUUUGUAUUAUUUGGUUGGGGACAUAUCCUCCGUUUCCAGAUACAAAUACACAUUCAUUGAACUUGAGUAUCAUCAUGGAAUGCAAUGAAGGCUCAACGUUCAUGUUUUACUGUGUCUUGGGAUAUAUGGGUCUCUUGGCUGUUGUCAGCUUUACUGUGGCUUUCCUAGCCAGGAAGCUGCCUGACAGUUUCAAUGAAGCCAAAUUUAUAACUUUCAGCAUGUUGGUGUUUUGUAGUGUGUGGCUGUGUUUUGUCCCAGCCUAUCUGAGCACAAAGGGUAAACAGAUGGUGGUUGUGGAGAUCUUCUCUAUCUUAAGUUCUAGUGUUGGGUUAUUGACUUGCAUCUUUUUCCCUAAAUGCUUUGUUAUUUUGCUCAGGCCUGACCUGAAUAACCGGGAGAAAAUCAUGAUUAAAAAAUCCACUAACCUUUAAAUCAGAUGUAUGCUAGUCUAUGUGUUUGUAAUUUGAUAAAUUACUGCUCUACAAACAUAGUGCUAAUUGAGUAAGUAUAUUCUAGGAUAGAUAAUGAUCUGGAUUGAAAGAGGUUUAGCUCUGAUUUAAUGUGGUUCUUUCUCCACCCUCUUCCCCACCAUAAUUUGUUUUGUUUGGAUCUUAUGCUGGUAGUUCUUCGCCAGAACAAUAAUUAUUCAGAUAACCCAUUAGGUCACACCUACACU